AUGGCGGAGCGGCGCGGCCUGCCACGACCCGCGCUCAGUCGCGACUCAGACGCGACCCUUGACACACGUUUGACGCGCGCGACCGCGUCUCACCCGUCGACCGCAACCGGCAUCAUCACGCACGGAGCGCUAGUUUACGGAGGGGUCGGUGGCCCGGGCCUGUGCCCUCCGAGAGGCCCCGACCUCCCGCCUCUGGAACUCGGCUUCCGCAGCACUUGGCGCGAAGACGAAUUGCUCCCGUCGACACCCGCCAGCCAGGCUGCGUCGACGCAGAGCGGCUCCUCCGCGACGGAUAAGGGCCAAAAUGUGGAGUGCGUCGUUUGCGGAGACAAGUCCUCGGGGAAGCACUACGGCCAGUUCACUUGUGAGGGUAUGUAG